AUGGGGUUCUUUACAGUACUACUGUUCACCGUGGUUUAUUUAAGUUCUUUUAUCGAUGCCCGUGAUGUUUAUCCCAGCCGUAAGUAACAAUUUCACGUCUUAAUUCAUAUCUUCAUACCACAAUAUUUUGUCAUCAUUGUUAAUUUCAUCUCUUGGAACUCACACACAUAAAUUGUACGAAUACUUACUUGCGCGCGGGCCUGUAAUCCGCGCUAGAAUUUAUGAGCACAGUCUUUGGUACAAAAAUUGGUGCAACAUUACACUUUAAAUUACACUUUAAAUUUCUUCAAAUUUGAGUCUGGAUAAUUAUCUUAUCGAAAAAAUGUAAAAUAGGGCUUUUUAAAUUCUUUAGAAUACUUCUGAUUUCGUCCAAGUCUUUCACUCAUCUGGUCAUGAAAGACAUGUAAGAAGCAAUGUGGUGUAACAGUAGGCGCAGACCCCUUUAGUGACAACCGGCUUGAAUGCAAGUCACUUUCGUUGUCUAAAAGAUCUAGAACAUGUUGAAAAUAGGAUAUGCUAACAUCGAACUCCUCAAAUCCGACAUUUUGGCCUGUGUCGCUAUUCCUUCUUGAAUAGUCUUCCUCUUACAGUACGCCGAGGAAUGAAUAAGGCAGUUAAAAAAAUUACUUGUCACUGUAUUUUUUUCCGAAAAAUUCAAACCAUGAAAGCAUGAAGGCAUCAUUAUUGCCUUUCCUUACCUUGUUUUUUUGUUUAUUUGGUGCAGUUUUUGACGACGUUGUAACGCAAAGAACUCUUGUUAACUCCUUAAGCCUCAGUAAUAACCUGCAUCUAAUUUUUCUUUGCAGUAAUACUGCUCAAUCAUUACUUAGGAUCAAAAGAAUAAAGACAAUGAUCUUCAACCUAAUUAAGAAGCUUUGAUUGUUGCACAAAUUCUCCUUAUCGGCACAAAAGGAAAUGUACAGAGAGGAGUAUGAAGAAUACUGAUACUAAAACUUAGAAAACUUAUUAUUACCAUAAUUUAAAUUCAUUUUUAGGGGAGCGGGAUAAAACUCAAGUUACUUACAACAACACUUCAAUAUCGUCCAAAGGCGAAAGGUGCGAUCCUCUUUUAGCACAUCUGUCUUAUGAUAUAUUGUAAAAGUAACAGCCUAUUGCACUUUGACGGUUAUUGUUAAACUGGAAGGUAUCGGCGAAGCCCUGUGCACGAAGAAGAGAAAAAACGAGUGGAGAGAAAAAUUAAAUGAACGCAAAGCCGGUGUCCCAUUUCAAGGGCGCGGGUUAAAUAUUACAUAAUUGUGAAAUUCCUGAAGAGCAAAUACAUAGUCGUCCCAGAUGUUUGUAUAAUACGAUAUUACACUUUUUAAUUUUUAAUCGGAAUUCCAUGGGGAGACUGGUGGGUACAAAAUUCGCCUAGCCACUCUAAAGGUAUAUCUCUCUUAAACAGUUGCGUGGAGGCAAAACCAUCCGCUGACCAGCGCCUUGCAAAAGUUAUCUGCCAUCCAUACCGUCCAAUCGCCAGAAGGGUAGAUAAAAACGUGAUGAGGACUGAGGUUUGCAGGUCGAUAGUGGGUGAUGAUCUGUUAUUCGCUACACCGGCCGAGCAAGAAUGGCGUGAGAAUCUUUUCGUGACGUACACAAUACGCUCACGAGUUGGACAAGUACCACGCAUGCCCGAAUCUCCGAGUCGACUGCUGACCAAGUUUUGUUGGCAGCUUAUCGUACACAUGUACUGCAGAUUCUUUUUACCAAAAUGUGACAUGACGUCAUCCAGACCUCGGGCUCAGCCUAUUUGUAGAGAUGCGUGCCGGGAAUUUAAGAACCAGUGUCAGAGGGCAUGGACUCACGCACAAAGGAAAUUCAAGAGUGUGUCAUGGGCGGUGCAGAAACUUGCCUCUGGGAUGGAGAGAAGUUCUUCGCUCAUGUGGUGUAGGAACCUGCCCAGACGAAGAGGACCAGAUAUUCCAGAAUGUUAUUAUCCUAAAAUGUUGAAAGGUAUUUCUUAUUUAUUCAUUUAUAAGCUGCAUGUGCUACUGGAUGUGAUGAGGUUCAGCGAGUGAGUGAUCUGGAAGUUAAUCAACGGGGGAGAUGCGCCGGUAAUUUGUGUUCUUAUUCAGAGAGUAACAGAAGGAGAUUUAGAAAAAUAAAAUAGGAAGAAAAUGUCAAUCAAUAUUAUGUUCAGAUUGUUAUAGUUUUAGUUAACUGAUGGUCCAUUCGCUGGGCUCUUUUUCCCCUUAGUUUCAAUUUGAUUUUCUCGCUUCUUGUUUCAGAAAAGAAAGAAAACCCUCGACCGUUUACGGGUAAGUACACGGUGUGUGUCUAAAUAACUCGAGCUCAAUAGCAUUUACAGAAUGUGAAACGCUUUCUUAAACCCACAUGAUGUUCUAAACAUCUAGGCCCAUAUGUUUAAAUAUUGGAUACCGCUAUCAACGGAUAAAUCACCAUCCAGCGGAUACGUGUCUACGAACUGCGUUAUUCACUUUGCUCGUUAUCCACCCUUCGAUAGAUAGCAAGUGAGACUGAAGUCUUUGUCGAAAAUAUGCUUCCAUAAUUGGUGAAAAACCUUUUAGAAACUUUUUUUUGAAAUUCUGAAAAACGUACCGUGGGGAAUAUUCAGAGAAUGGCAAUGACUUAAACCCAUAAUUCCUAUUUGGCGAUGUUCAUCAAAUCCCUUGUCCGUCACUAUGCAAUUAUUUCGUAGGUUGCCAAAACACACACGAAGUACAAAGAUGACCCUAGAUAAUAGCAGAGAACACGCCCCUUAUCAGUCAGUCUUUGCUGUUUCAUUGUAUCGGCUUUGAGGUCGUUCUAAAGCUCAACCAGUUUCAAGCUAGUCAACCCCUUCCCACUCACAUCAUCCUUAGCGGUUUAAUUUAUUGAUCUCUAGCGCCAGCGUCUCUUUCUGCUCGUCAGUAAACUGCGCUGCCCAAACAUUGUAGUCUGUGUUUGAUAUCAAUGCUGAUUACCGCUAAAAUGAUGAAAUACAAAAAUACUUAUGUACAUACGUAAGACUUUGUUUACGGAGGGUAACACUAAACAGGUAGAAAUCAAUAAUAAUAAUAAUAGUAAUAAUAAUAGUAAUGAUUUAUAGACUUAUAAAUAAGACCAGUAAGCUAUUUACAAGGCGUAGCUAAGGAAUUGAACUUGCGGCUAGCGGGCUUGAACCCGGGACCAGCGGCCUAACCACUCGGUCACAGUGUCCCCUAUUUGUAGCGGUUAGUUAAACAAUUCCUCGAAAUGGCAAGGCCACCCUGAGUAGCUUAAAGAAAUUACAGAUAACAAAAGAAAGCCUCUAACGAAUUAGUCGAUAUUUUAGACACUUGUUUCUAUGAUGACGGUCGGACAUACAACGGCAGUGUGUCUGUAACACGGUCCGGUCACAAGUGCCAGUCCUGGAAUUCCCAGUGUCCUCAUCGGCACCACAGAACACCAGAAAAUUAUCCUGAACUGAAUGGUGCUGGCAAUGCAUGUCGGAACCCUGGUGGUCAGGCCCCUAACGGUCCCUGGUGUUACACUACAAAUGUAACGCAGAGAUGGGAGUAUUGUAAUGUGAUCAAGUGUGAAACACUAAAGGAAAGCAAAGGUAUGCUUAUUAAAUUUUAUCUGAAGCUUACAAGACUCAAGUGUACCUUAUAUUUGAGACUUGCAACCAAUCAUAGCUCCUACUAGUAAUUAAAUGCUAUAUAACGUUCAUUAUGCGCUUCAUGAAUAUGGCCGGAUUAGUCCGAUAUCUGCGACAGGAGGUAUUUCUUCCAAGAAUUCCUAUUCCCCGAGCGAAGCGAUAAAUGAUUAAAGAAUUAAUGUCAAAUGCAUUAGUAUCUCCAUCACGUUGCGCUGUUCGGUUAGUUAGUGCGAUAAACUCUUAAACGUAGAUAGUCCCGCUCAGUAUCACACUAGCUCCAAACACUCUAACCGGCUACGCCUGGCGUUGAUAAGCAAAAAAUUGACCAAGUUAAAUAUGAAAGUAAUGAGUCAGUCUUCUCCCAGCCUAUGUCUUUCAUGGACCUUUAAGCAGCAUCUUAUGCCCAUUUCUUUUCUAUCUUUUCACAGGAUGAGAAAGUGAAAGAAACGGCCACCAAACUGUCUCCUUCACUCACCCACCCACCCACCCUCUUUAAAGAAAAUGUACAUAGUGAUCAGAAAACGUAAUAGUAGCCUGCGUUGCUGGCGGUCUGCGGUUUUGGGAGCAGAGAGAAAAAUGAAAGACCUUUCAUUACUUUCUCCGCCGCCAAAACCGCAGACCGCCAGCAACGCAGGCUACUGAAAGACUUGCAUAGCAAUAAAAGGAGAUGUUUGACAAUGGUUUUACCUCUUUCUCAAUUGGCGCCGUGUUAAAGAAAAACUGUUGUUAUGGUUUCAUCAAUUAAUUCGUGACAUGCACUGUCGUGGCACACAAAGUGAACUUCAUCGUGACGGAGAACUUGAGGAGGGGGAAGGGGGGGGUGACUAAACGGUUUUGAGCCAGCCAUUCAACCGACCAUGGUUUUCUCCUUGGGUGAUCUUGGCACUUGUUUCAACAUAAAUCUUUUGAAUAAAUCCAUAUGCCAGAUGAAAUUCCCUGAGAUGAAUGAUUAACCACAAUCUUUACAACUCCUUUUCUUACCUAAAGUGGCGAAGGGAAGGAAUUUUAUCUUUAAGAGACUUCGAGUAAUUAAACCUUACCGCGAACUUUUCUAAAAGCGUGGAGACUACAUAAUAUGAUAGUGGCUAAAAUAUAGAUUCAUGAAGGAGGCAAAAUUAUAAAAGGAGGAAUAAGGAUUGUAAAGGACGGAUUACUACAUCCCGAAUGAAGAUCCUGAAUAAAAUUCACGUCUCGAGGAAGGAAAAACAAUUCUCGGAAACGUAUGUAUUUAUUCACGAAAGCGUCCUUGUCUUCCCUCGCGACGUGAGCUUAGGAUCCUUGUGCUUUGAAUACACACGCCGGAAUAUCACGCUAAGAGCGUAACGUUUCACAGUGACACCCUUUUGUAAAAUAACGCGCUAAGCCACUCAUAUAUCAAAACAUGGCGAGGAAAGAUAACUUACCGUCGCAAUGUGUUCGUUAGGAAGAACGCCGAAGCGGUAAGUGAGUUCUGAGUUUAAUUUGGUUCGAGCAAAAAAGAAAUUGAAAGUUGCAGCAGUACUAUAAAACCUCUCAGGCGAAGAGCUGAAUCGGAACUUUCAGCUAUUCGAAGACGUGCUUCUGUUGUAUAAGGAUACAACUUUACUUUCAUUGCAUACUUCCCAGACGUCAGUCCGAAAUCUACAUUUUUACAUCUUUUUGGAAAAAUUUUCAACUUCAAGAUGAGACUAACGUAAAUACACUUCUUUGAGUGGGGUAGAACGGUUUCAGACAAUUCGGUUUUGUUUUGUUAUCACAUAGCGAUUUAUCAUUCAGCGUGUCAGCGUGUUACGAAAGAAGAUGAAAGAGAAGUAGCUAAUAAUAGAGUAUACUUACUUUCAGUCACAGCUUUCAUCCGAAAAUGUAACUUAAUAUUAGGAACAUCAAUGGAGAAAACACAUUUUAGAUAACUGGAAAGAGAGAUGGCCAAAUCGAGGUGAAAAAUCAAGCUUAUGCUUUUUCCUAGUAGCCUUCAAAAGAUUUGAAUGCAAUUAAAACAAUUAAAUUAUUUUAUCGCUAUAACUUCCCAUAAUUAGAUAAAUUUAUAAGCUCCGGUUUCCACCGCAAACCCGAAACUUUACGGAAGGGUGUGACGCGAAGAGGUCACGAAAUUCGUGCUUGAUAACUAAUAGUGUUGUUGGAUUCUGCCGGAGUUGAACAAAAUGACCGAUAGCCGAUUCAGAAGGCUGCUGUUGUGUUUUAUGACCAUAUGGACUGUGGCGUUAGGACAAACAGGCAACUAUUCUGUCGUCAGAGGUAAGGGCUAGAGGGAGUUAUUCGACAUAAUUUAAAGCUUCUCAAAGUCAAAUUUCUCUGAUAAAAAUAUUUGGGAGUACAAAUUUGUUUAUUCGAAUUUUCUGAUUCCGAACUAUCGGCCAAUGGACCGUUUGCUUAGGAAAUUUUGAUCAUCGGCUCACUUGAUCUCUUUGGCGAGUUUUCAGUUGGAACAACAGGGAGCCACGACAGUUAGUUCCAUGCAUUUUACAAGCGUUUUUUCGUAUGAAGACGACUCCAUGUCAAAUCUAUUCGUGUUCCUUUCCAACUUCCGGUGUUUGUUGUUGGCCUGCUUGUUGUCAAUCUCUUAUACAUUGUACGCCCUUAAAUAAUCUGUAAAUUGGAUUUUUGUUCUCUAAAUUUUCAAAGUACCAAAACCUGAAUACUGUUACAGCUCUUUUCAAACUUUCACCGAAAAAACGCUGAUCGGCGAAGUACAGACACUGAUUAUCAAAACAUUCAUUAAUGUCUGUCUGGCAGGAAAAAAGAAGGCUUCCAUUCAGAAGUAGACUUUAAACAGCUUUUCUACUUAAGGUGGUAUUAUAGUCGAUCAAGAGCCACAACUGUACUGAAAACGAAUGAUUGGCAAACAUCAUAAUCCCCACUUCGCCAGAAUAUAUGCUUUUCUAAUUUGAUUAACCGAUACUACUAGCUUUGAAUGACUUACUUUCAUUAAGUAUCAGGUGAAACAUCUUCAAUUUGGGGUCAAAAUUCUAGAACAGUUCUUUUUUUCAUCAUUUGUUAAGACUUUAAGGCAUUUCAUUGUUGAAUAAAUUCACGAAGCAUCUCGCCACUGGACUAAAUGCUUCAUUGAUACUAGGAUCAGGCUCAAACGAACAUUACGGGACCGCAUGGAUUAAAGUUACCACGUAGACGUGUAAUACAGUCGAUAUCAUACCUUAAUAUUACAUUACGCAUCCCUGAUGUGCACGAUUUGAAGCGCGACUCAUUGAGAGGUUUCUGAUUACUGUCGAGCUUCACAAGGGAGAUUCUAAAAUCGUCUUUACCUCAGAUGGUGCCUUGCGUAGUCGCAGAGCGAUGCACCUCGUCCUAACUGCCUUGUCCUAUUAGAGACCUCAAAUAUCUUUCUGGCCCCUUCCCCCAACCCAUCUCUCCAGUAAGACAUCCUCUCCCCACAAUUUCUUCUAGAAUGUAUCUCUUUUAUGUAUUUAGAUCACGAAGGAAACGAAGAAUUCAUAACCGUGAAUAAAACAGGGUACGUAAGACUUAGGUUGUGUUCUAUUGGGAUAAACCCUUUAACCACUUCCACCCACACAUCAGUAUUCAUAUGUUCCAUACUGAUCUCCAUAGCAAGGUGCUAUGGAGAGGAAAAUUUGUUUAAUAUCAAGAGCUUUUAUAGUUUGAGAUCAUUUCCUCUAUUCCCCUUACCUUAAAGUUCUAUUCAGGGGGAAAUUGUAAAGAGAAAUUAGAUGCUAAUCACUCUUAGGGGUCAAAGGGUUAAACUGCCUCUGGAUCAAGUUGAGGCGGUUGUAGUCUCCCGACACAACACUCAAAUAACCCUUUUGGUUGAAACGCAGAAACUCCUGGGAAUAUCUAUCAUUUUUCCGCAGUAACUCGUCGAAGGAUGACAUUAUGGCGGCUAAUUCCAAUCUUGUGGCGCAAUUCCUUCGCUUUUUCGCCUUUUUUUCACGCCUAAGACUUCUUUUACUCCUUGCCUGUCCAUGCCCAGGUGGUAUCGAAAGAUCACGAAUAACGCGUCAUAUUGGUUUUGUUUACAACAUGUGUCAAGGCCGAAAACUGAGAAGUAUUUUGAGGGAGUUACAUUUUCUACGGGGAAAAUGGGAAGGGAACCAGUCGUCGUCAACAGAGAAAAAAGGGAGGGGAGACUGCGAAUUAACUGCCAACGAGGGGGGAUAAUGUAGAGCACUACGGGAGGGGGGGGAUCCGCUGAAUUUUGUCGUGCCACAACCAAAAUCCUGCGACCCCCUCCCCCCAGUUAAUCAAUACUGACAGAACAGCUUUUUAAUUUUUUAAAUAUUUCUGUUUUAGCAAUAUCUCAUGUGUUUCUGCUCAACCCAUUCCUAAAUCACAAGCCUACUGUAAGCCGUAUCGUUACAAAGGAAGUAGUGGUGUUUGCGCGAGUAUUGUCAAAGAUCGCAAUGUUUAUGGCUCAUCAUUGCAUCAAAGGAAGAUGGAAAGUAGUCUGUAUAACUUCAGAAUGGCAAAGGCUUACAUUCUUUCCAAAGGGGAUAUCUCUGAUAGGUGCCUUCGCACUGUGGAUCUGGUUUACUGCAACCACUACUUUCCAAAGUGUGACGACACGUCAUCAAAGAUUCUUCCAGUUCCAGUCUGUAGGGAGGCCUGCGAUGUUAUGGUACAGAGGCAUUGCAAAGAAGAGUAUCGUCGCGCUAAGGAAAUUAACAAGGCUCUACAGGACUCCCCUGCACUCGGGCUUGGAUGGAGUUUUGAAUUGCUUAACUGCUCAGAGUUCCCUUUGAGAAACGGUGGUUCUAUUCCAGAGUGUCAUUAUCCUGAGGAACUCGAAGGUAUUUUGCUCUGCGUGUUUGAUAUCUGUCAACCAAAUUGCACCUGUAAUUGAAACAGUUUGCAAUAAAAUAUGGUGGGAGAAGUAACAGGUUGGGUAGACGAGUUAGGUUGAAAGUUGUAGUGUGAAAAAGUAUUAUGUAAAAUUAAAAAGCUUUGAGGCAAGAAGCGGGAGUCGAUACGGUAUAAAAAGGAACUCAAAACUGGAAAAGUCUUUUGCUUGUUACACUUGGCGUUUGUAGAUCAUGAGCACGAGGUGCUACCAAAUCAGAGCGGGUUUUCUUUGUGGUAACUCAGAGUCUACGUAAAAGGAAAAAACGAGAAAAGCUGCUGCAAGUUUAAGGUUUUUUAAUGAAUGAUAUGUACAAGCCUUUGCAAACACCUGUUUGAGAACAGAAGCUAGACCACUGUUUUAUCAGCUUUUUAUCCUGGCAUCACUCAGGUGAUUUGUAAAAGAAGGACUCAAAAUAAACUGAUUUCGUCCUUUCUGCCACCCAGUUCAUGCCAUGUGAUGAUUCCUCUUGGAGAUUAGAGUUCUUCCACUUGUACAAACUCAAAUGCAAUCAGCGACGUGUGACGGAUUGUCCCGUUAUAUUCUUUAAAACGAAUUAUCACCGAUCUAAAUUGGGUGAAUUCGCCGAUUUCUGGUUAUACUCAGAACCCUCCGCGAGAUGUUUACUCCCUUUAAUUGAUCUUAUGUCAAUUUCUCAAUUUAGAAAAAAACGCGUUGGAAGGAGACUUCAGUGGUAAGUAAGCACUUCCCUAAAAGCUUAUUGUUGAGCGAAAGCUUUUUCGUAACAAGACCUUCAUAUUUAUAAUCUAUUUGAACAGAUAGGUGUUUCUAUGGCGACGGUCAAUUAUACCGUGGAAAUGUAUCUGUGACACAGUCCGGUUACAAGUGCCAGUCGUGGACUUCCCAGUGUCCUCAUCGGCACCACAGAACACCAGAAAUUUUCCCCGAACUGAGUAACACCGGCAAUGCAUGCCGGAACCCCGGAGGACAGGCCCCUCUCGGUCCUUGGUGCUACACCACUAAUUCUACAGUUCGUUGGGAAUACUGCAAUAUCUCAACUUGUGCUCCAGGUAAGAUUACUUCGUUUGCUUCAAGAAGAUGGUUUGCUGAAAUGGUAUCACACUACAUAGGACUAGGGUUAACGCGCCCAAAGAAUGUUGGGACAGCAAGCCCGGUUGCCUUGUUGCUACCUAAUCUAGCUAUGUAACAAACUGCGUUUGUGCUAGGUUGUGGCAUACUAAAGUCAGCAAAGUGAGGCUUUCAUUUCGUGAAAUUUCCACCUUUAUUUGCGUUUACAACAUUAUCAACAUUAUCUAUAAUUUUAAAGAAGUACUAAUUACUGCAAUACUUAAAUUCGGCACAUUUAGUUCUUAAUGAUUCUGAAAUUCUUAAUUUCUGAUUCUGAAUGUUUUCUUAUCCCACGGAACUAAUUUUCAUCAAAUGAUAAAGGGGGACAGUUUCUGAAGAAACUAUGGUGCUGCGUCGGUGGGAGAGUAUAACAGGGUACUAGUGUAGUUCCAUUUUCUGCAUAAAAACGCACACAAAACCCACAAUUCCUCCAUUCGCUCUAACGAAGGGCUAACGCUCGAAACGUUCGCUUUUAAACUCUUUACAUUAUAAACUCAGUUGAUAGUGCCAAAUUACCCUAGUUUUUUAUCAGGUGGGUACUAGUUGCUGAGUUGUCUCUGAAUUUGAGCAGAAUCGAUUAUUUACCUAGGACUUAUUUUGAUUAUUAUCAAUAGUGUAUCUUCAUUUUCCUAUCCCUCUUUAUAAUGCUACAGAAGACGCAACACUGUCCAACUGGAGUCCUUUCACCAAGUGUUCAGUAUCUUGCGGGAACGGCUCGAUCACACGCACGCGCACUUGUACCAGACCACGCCUUGGCGGGAAAAAUUGCUCCUCUCUCGGUGCACUCGUUGAACGGCAACCAUGCAGCCUUCAAAAUUGUUCCGGUAACUAAAAAACCAUAAUUCUCUGCUUCUGCCUCUUUACGAUAUAAAGAUUGAUAAACUCCACCCUGAUCUGAUACUGAAACGUUGAAAUAAUACAAUGAACCUGUACAUUAUGUUUGUACUUCCGUGCUUAAUCGGGCUUUUGGGUCACGCAAAAAAGUUUUACCGGAUGAUUGAAAUAAAACGAAUUUAUGUUAUAUGAAAAUCCAAUUCCCAAAUAAGGGUCAACGGGAUGGAUCAAUAGAUAUGCAAUCAGAGGCCUGUUAUCUAUUUAUCACUUCCUUGGAGACUGAAGUUCAUUCUUAAUACACUUCCAUUUAAAUAAAUGAACACAAGAAUAUUGAUUUUUCUCAACUACUGUAACUUGUUCAUUAUAAUUAAUUUUAGAGAAUGUCGAUAAUAUCGAGGAAGUGCCAGUGGAUAAAAAGACAUUAGGUCAGUACUUUACAAUAUCUGUACUUCCAAGCGUGUGAAUGAGAGUUGAAUAUUUUUAAUGUUAAUAUUUGUGGGUUCAAUCUGGACUCACGUGAAUUCAAAUGCUAUUUCUUGACAAGUGAUAGCAAGGUGGUUCAGUCGGGAUCUCGAUCGAACGUUGGGACCCAGGUCUCGACAGUGUUUGAUUUCUUCUGAUUGGGUGAGGAGGCGAAGAAUGAGGCCAAUGAGAGAGCGACUUGAAAAAAACAAAAGCAACAACGAAUCACAAGUUGCUUUGACAUUCAAUUGAUACUUGGGCAACUGGACCAUGUGACCGAGGACGAGUUACCACGUACAAAUCUAUAAACAAAUAAUAACCACAAACUACAAAAAACAUAGCACUCUCUUUCCGGGGCGGCAAGAGGUAUAAAGAACCUUAGGAAAAACUCAUUGUGGCUGCUUUUUUCAAUACUAUUAAUGCUACUGAAUGUCUCACUAUUUCUAUAUCAUUUCAGGGCUGAACUUUACGUGGAUCAUCAUACUCUCAACCAUUGGAUCAGUCCUAUUCUUGGUCAGCAUAAUUCUGGUCGUUACGUUGGUCAAGAAGCGUAGUAAGUGAAGCUGAAUAUUUCCUCGUCAAUCUGAGAGUUUUUUUGGCAAUUCCAUACUGAUUUGAUUUAAAACCUUUUUUUUAUCAGCAGGUCGUAAGCCAAAUAACCCUAACAUCCAAGAUGAAGAGGAGAUAACUCCUUAUGCAACAGUUCGCUUCAAUGAAGUUUUUCCAGCAAAUGCGACAAGUAAUUACUAUCCCAUUCCUGGUAUGUAUGACAAUCCACUGAAAGCUUUGCCUCCUCACCCAUGGAUAAAAACAGGAUCAAAAGCCGCUAAUAAGCAAGAGAUACGAAGAUCGCCAUACGGAAAUCUCGACCACCUGGGGAGGCAAGCAGUCAAUCCUCUCCAGUACCUCUUUUAUCAGCCUCGUUAUGAAAAUGAAUUAGCUGAUAAUACAACCCGAGAUGUGAUUUAUAUAAGGCCUGGGUACGACAAGUUGAUGUCCACCACAAGGAAAAAGAGGCGGGAAAUUUAUAGAGGUGAGGGUACGCGCUUAGCAUGCGAGAAAGCAGACAUGUCUGUAUAUGAUUCUCUAAUCCGCGAAAUCAACCUCAAGUGUAAAAGUCGGAGAGAAGAUUUGACUGACUCAGAUGAAGAUGGUGAAAGGAAUAUCCGUGUCAUUAUGGAAGAGCCCUCUGGCGACGAAAGGAGCCCAACUUGCUCAACAGAUGAAGGUGAAAAUACAAGAGACUCGACGGACUUAUCUAACAAUGGUUAUAAGGUUGAUCUCGAGAAUAGUUGCAUUGUAAAUGACUGGAAUACAUCCGAGGGGGAAAAUGAGGAACAAAAUCUAACUUUAACGGAAAGAAAUGAUAAUUUGUCACCGCGUUCCCAAGCUGCCUUAAAAAUGGAAGAUAAAAGAGGUUUAUUUCAGUUUUAUAGCGCCAGUGAUCCAUCUCAGAACACUGAACAAGAACAAUCGGCCAUUUGAUGUUUGCAGACAGGGAGAACUGCAAAUGGAAAUGAGAAAUGAAUCGAAUAGUUCGGUUUUACACGUAUUUGUAUUUGUGGC